AUGCAACGUGCCACACGUGCGCUGCGGCUCGCGAGUGGCAUCAACGCCGGCCGCCUGCGCCUUGCCGAGCAGUUCGCGGCGAUGGACGGGUGGCAGGCGGGUGACGACACCGCCUUCGACGCGUACGUCAGCGAGAAGCGGCGAAAGGAGCGUUACGAGGCGUUCGACCAGCGCGUGGAGCGCGGCUACGCGGCAGCAGCGAAGCUCCACAGGGCGGAGCUUCAAAACGCGGUGAAACGCCGGCUGAAGGCGAGCGGCGCAAAGUUUACGGCCGCCACGCUGCGGGAGAUGAACGGCGCUGUCGAGGAGCGCCUGUCGUGGCUUCGCGACGUGUGGACGCAGAUCGAUUCCGACUACCGCAGCAGUGAUUCCGCACGGCAAGAGACGGCGGCGCGUGAGAUAUCUGCAGCACUUCGGGGCGAAUCUAGCGACUACAUGCAGUGGGUCUAUGACAUGAAGCGGGAGAUGCGCUUUGCUGGGCCGGUGGGUCGCAGUGUGUUGCAGAGCGAGCUGCAGCACGCUGGGUUGCCGGAGGUCUCCGAUGAGGAGGCGAAUCGCUACCAUGAUCUGAAGCUCAACAUGAUGGAGAUUGAGCGGCACGUGAAGGCAAAAUACGGUGUGGCAGGCCAGCAACACUGGGCGGAGCUGCAGGCUGCAAAGGAUGACGAGUACGUGAAGAAAAUCGAUGACGCCGCAGAGGUGUACAAGCAGCUGCUCGAUCAGAGCGCACGGCUGGACGAAUCGCGACGCACAGAGUUGCAGCGCAGCCACGUGGAACGCGUGCACCAGGCCCAGGUGCGUUUCAAGGCCGCCGUGGAGCUGGAGCAUGAACGCGAGCGGCUCAUGGAGGCGCACACCGCCAUGAAGGAGGAACGCGCCCGCGCGGCGAAAGAAGAGCGACGCGCCCUCCUCCAGGAGGCCGCAGAGCUACGGGCGCAAGGCAAGACAAGUGCAGAGGUUAUUGCCGCACUGAAGGAGCGUCAAAUCGAGACGGACGCGAGGCGGCGGGCAGAAUACGAGCUGAAGGAGCGUGAGGAAGUUCUGCAGCGCAAGACACGACUGUUGGAUAUGAUCGACCAGUUCAAGCAUGACGUGGAGGAGCGUGAGGGCCGGGAACUGCUGCAGCGCGAGCAGCACAAGGCGGAGCGGCCAGUAAACGCCUUUGGCUUCUAUGAUGACGACGCGAUGGAUGGAGCGGAACUCUCCGUCUGGAACGAGACGGAGAAACAGCUCUCGCCGCAUGCAGAGCCCUCGACCGGAUCCGCGAUUAGUAGUAGUAGCAGCAGCACCAGAGACAGUCGUCCCGCGUCGCACCCGCAGAAGAAGGAGCUGUGGGAGUCGAUUAACGCAGACACGUACGAGGACCCGUUCCUCACCGUCCACCAGGCCCGCCUCGACGCGGCGCAGACGUAUGACCCAACGUAUGCCCGCACCUUUCCCAUGAACCUCGUGCUUGGCCGCAAGUACUCCAAACAAGGGGCGGGCGAGCUGGCGGCAGGCAAUGAGACGGACCGCCACAUUCUGCAGAAAGGCAAUGCGGUGGCGAGGAGCUUUCAGUGGGGGAUCGGAAACAACACCGUGCACGACCUCGACGCGGACGGUAGCACAGAUUACUUCAUGGAUGGCGCCUACCACGUGCGCGACAAGACGACAGGUGACAUUGACUGGCGUUACGAGAAGAAGAAGGGCGGACCUGUGUUCAAGGGGCCGAAGUUCUACCGGCUCGGGGCCAAACGUGAGGCGUCGGACCUCGGCGAGCAGCCGAUGGACCCAACGCCGCACACCCCGACGCCACGCGAACACAUGUGGCGCAGCAGCUAA